GGAAACCCGCGGAACGGAAAAUCGUCGGAAAAACUCGCGAAUACUUUUCGCUCCCGGUAAUUUAUUGGCGAUAGUGAUAUGUGGAGUGGUAGAUUUUAAAAUUAACAGCAAUGUUUGGAUUUGUUACAAGGCACAGCGCAGCUGAAAAUGAAGAAGAAGAAGAAGAGGAAACGGGCGAGGAGGGCCGAUCUCCUGGCAAAAAAAGGGGCUCUGAAACGUGCAUCGAUAUACCUAAAAUAGAUACCACCUCAAGUCUUCUGGAAAAACCUCGAGUCGAUGCCAAAGUAAAAAGGCACAGCAUCCAUGGAAUGAUGGAGGAAGAAAAUGUUAUCAGGCCUCACCAGGAGAUCGCUCAACUUACUCUAGACGAAAAGAAAUUCCUAUUAGCUGUAGAACGAGGUGACGUAGCCUCCACGAGAAGAAUGCUCCAGAGGGCCGAAGAAACCAACUACAUAAACAUAAACUGCGUCGAUCCCCUGGGCAGGAGCGCUCUGCUGAUGGCAAUUGACAACGAAAACUUGGAAAUGGUCGAGCUGCUGAUCGAACAUCGAGUAGAAACGAAAGACGCUUUGCUGCACGCCAUCUCCGAGGAAUUCGUGGAGGCCGUCGAAGUUCUGCUCGAGCACGAGGAGACCAUACACCACAAAGGGGAUCCGCAUAGUUGGGAGGCUCUUCCGCCAGAUACUGCUACGUUUACUCCGGAUAUUACCCCUUUGAUUCUUUCCGCACACCGAGACAAUUACGAAAUUAUCAAAAUUCUGUUAGAUAGAGGAGCAACACUGCCUAUGCCGCACGACGUGAGAUGCGGCUGCGACGAGUGCGUCACGUCGAGACUGGAGGACUCUCUGCGACAUUCAAGGAGCAGGAUCAACGCAUACAGGGCAUUGGCGUCGCCGUCACUGAUUGCCCUCUCCUCCAAGGAUCCCAUCCUGACUGCAUUCGAGCUCUCCUGGGAGUUACGCAGGCUAAGUUUCAUGGAGCACGAGUUCAAAAGUGAAUACCAAGAACUCAGGAAGCAGUGCCAGGACUUCGCGACUGCCCUUUUAGACCACACCAGGAGUUCCUACGAAUUGGAGGUUCUACUCAACCAUGAUCCUACGGGCCCGGCCUUCGAGCACGGAGAUCGAAUGCAUUUGAACAGGCUGAAAUUGGCUAUAAAACUAAGGCAAAAAAAGUUUGUCGCCCAUUCCAACGUCCAGCAACUGCUGGCCUCGCUGUGGUACGAAGGUCUGCCGGGAUUCCGCAGGAAAAAUAUGUUCCUGCAAGCGUUGGAAAUCGUCCGGAUCGGGAUACUGUUUCCGUUUUUCUCGAUUGCCUACAUCGUCGCACCGCAUUCGGUUAUCGGCCAAACCAUGCGGAAACCCUUCAUCAAAUUCAUAUGCCAUUCCGCCUCUUACAUUUUCUUUUUGUUUUUGCUGAUUUUGGCGUCUCAGAGGCAAUUCUUGCAAUCGUUUUUUGGAGUUGCGCCUCCCGAGGAAGUGUUCACACAACGUGGUGCUAAACCGUCCAUAGUAGAGUGGAUAAUAUUGUCUUAUGUUAGUGGCCUAAUAUGGAGUGAAAUUAAGCAAUUAUGGGAUGUAGGUCUAGAAGAGUAUGUAAGGGAUAUGUGGAAUGUAAUCGACUUUAUUACGAAUUCAUUAUACGUCGCAACAGUAUCACUAAGAAUUGUUUCAAUAUAUCAGGUCCAGCUGAAUCCGGACUCGCUGAAAAUAGAAGAGAAAAGAGAAGAUUGGGACGCUUGGGAUCCAAUGCUUAUAUCCGAGGGGUUGUUUUCAGCCGCUAAUAUAUUUAGUUCCCUAAAACUCGUGUACAUAUUCUCGGUGAAUCCACACCUGGGACCAUUACAAGUAUCCUUAUCGCGGAUGGUGAUGGAUAUCAUGAAGUUUUUCUUCCUGUUCGUUUUAGUUCUGUUCGCGUUUUCGUGCGGUCUUAAUCAACUGCUAUGGUAUUACGCCGAUUCGGAGAAGCAGAGGUGCUGGCUGGAAACCGACAAACUAAAUCAUAAUCAAACAGAGCCGGACUCAAACGCGUGCACUAUUUGGAGGAGAUUUUCAAAUCUCUUUGAAACCAGUCAGACGCUCUUUUGGGCUGUAUUCGGCCUAAUCGAUUUGGAGAGCUUCGAAUUGCACGAAAUCAAAAUAUUCACGAGAUUCUGGGGCAUGCUGAUGUUUGGAACCUACUCGGUCAUCAAUAUUGUCGUUUUGUUGAAUUUACUUAUCGCCAUGAUGAAUCAUUCAUAUCAGUUGAUCUCCGAACGCGCUGACACCGAAUGGAAGUUCGCCCGAAGCAAAUUAUGGAUCAGUUAUUUUGAGGAAGGCGGUACUGUGCCAGUACCAUUUAAUAUUAUUCCCACACCUAAGAGCCUUUGGUACGUUAUCUGCUGGGUAAGGAGAAAAUUCUGCGGACAUUCUAGAGCAGCUAAAAAGGAACAUAUGAGAACAAUAAGGCGAAAAGUGAAACAGGCCAACGAAAGAGACUUCAGAUAUCAGGGCAUUAUGCGAAAUUUAGUUCGAAGAUAUGUGACGGUGGAACAAAGAAAGGCGGAGAACCAGGGCGUUACCGAGGACGAUGUUAACGAAAUAAAACAGGACAUUUCUGCGUUUCGCUUCGAGCUCAUUGAAAUUCUCAAAAACUCGGGCAUGAAUACGUCGACUGCACAUAGCGUUAUGGGCACCGGGGGUAAGAAGAACCGGCAGAAAGAGCGCCGCUUGAUGAAAGGCUUCAACAUAGCCCCUCAACCAUCCACCACCUCCGCACUGCCGCCCGUGGCCGAAUUUAUAGCGUCGCUGCAGCAGCAACAACACCAAGGCAACGACAACCAUCCUCACCACCACAACGACUUCUUCGGCUCGACGUUGUCGGGAAUCUUCAGCACGCCGAAUCCCAGGAAGCUGCACAUGCACAGCAGCACCGUGUCCUCGUCGCAGGGCAGCAUCAACGACGGGCACAAUCACCAUCACCACAAACGAUCUGGUAGUUUGUCGGAUUCGAAUCCCAGUCUCGACGCGUCCGAUCACCCGGAGAAAGAACUGCACGGAAUCGCGCAGGGAUUAGCAUUGCUGAAAAAGAAGAGAAAGAAAUUCUCAGCGUCGAGGAACACGAGCCCUGUGGUGCCUCCCAUCAAUCCCCCCGAGCACGGCGGUUAUCGCAAAGUAACCCCUCCGAACAAAUUCCUCAAACGUGCCGCCAGCGUUCCCACGAGAGCUCCCGAAGAGGUUCGGCUGGUGUCCAAGCACGAGAAGACGCAGUCCCAGCAGGAUUCCAUGGAGAUUGCGACCACCGCGCCGUCCAAUUUGACGCCGUCGACGACGGAAGAGAGCGUGGCGACCGUCGGUCCGACCAUAAAGCCCAGCGGGACUUCCCGGGAGCCUCUACUCUUCAACUCAUCUUCCAGCAACCCGACGGGGUCGUCGCAGACGCCGGACGAGGAGUACAAGCCGGCUCAUUUGACCCAAUCGCAUCCCAAAUUGUCGGGCGUUAUUCCGCUUAGCGGGCACAAUGGACCGUCGCCUGGAUGGUUGUAAUAAAAUUAUUAAGUUUAUUUUAUAGUUUAGUGUAAUCAAUAAAUGUACGUAGGGUAACUUGGUAACAUUUUCAAUUCAAUUUUAGACUGUUAAUGUUAUAUUGGCGAGAGGAUUUGGGAAUUACAUGUGAUGGAAAUUAAUACGUAUCAAGUUAUUCUAUGUAUUUUAAAUAAUGUUCAACCAAACCAUUUCCAUUCGAUGAAUAAUACUCGUAUUUAGUUUAGUUUGUUAAUUAUGUCUUUUUGUAUUUAUUAUCAUAUAGAUUUUCACUUUUAUCAUGUCGUUUUAAGUUACCUAGGAUACUUUGUACUCGUACUUCUUGAACUAGUAAAGAUUACUAGAAGUGAGAUGAGUGGAAAAGUGAUAAGAAAUUUUUAACACCAUUUAAGAUAUUUUACGAAGGAAAAUAAUAACUGAAAUCUAAAGGGUAGUGAAAUAAGCGAAUUGAAUUCGGAUAAUAUAUUCUAUUCUUUUUUCUCUUGUGUUAUCUUUAUAUUUUGUAGAACGGGUUUCUCUGUUAAAUUCGUGGUUAUUUGGUAUUUUUCAUUUGCCAAGUUUUGGACAUUCAUUCCUGAGACACGCUCUAGCUAGAGGUGCAUAACUCGUGAUCAUAAUUGAAUAAAAAAACAGAUCAUAAGAGAAUAAGAGGUUCGAAUGUCCCUAAUAUUAAUAUCUCUAAAUUCCAUCCAUUCAAAUUAUUUUAUCAAUCAAAUCUUAAAUUUAAUCAAAUUAAUUGAAAAAAACUAAUUAUUCCAGUAGAAUUUGCUGUAGAUAAUUAUGUAUUUAAGAAUCCGGGGUAAAAACUACUUUUUCCAGAAAUACUGCAUGUUGAAAUGAGCAACUAAUUGGAAUAAAUAUUUGAUUCUCAACUCUUUUUAUCCGAUCCGGGCUAAUUAAUUCUAAUAUUAAAUAUUCGAAAAAUGGUGAUUAUAAAAGAGCUCAUAUUAAUGUGCAUUUUUUAUAUCAGUUGUAUAAUUAAUUUAUGAAAAUUUGUAUUUUCUUUCAGCCUUUAAUCCAAUUUAGAUAGGAUAAGUGUUAUUACUGAAAUAUAUUUUAAUUCAAUCUUAUUAGUACUGUUGAAUUGGUUUUUGAAUGGCCUCCAUUUGUAACGUAGGUGUCUGUAGAAUCAGCCGUUUGUUUUGUAAAUUUGAACACAAAUUUACUCUUUAAAAUAUUAUGUAAUGAAAAUGGUGUGCCUUUAUAAAUUUUACGGCUAAAAAUUGUGUAAAAAUUUUCAAGUAAGUCCGCCAUAUGUACCCGAAAAGACCAUUAGGUUAUUAGAAAGAAUAUACAUCAUGUAAGGAAUUAUUAGAGAAAAGAAAUUUUGAAUUUGUAGAUAUAGAAUUAGGCAAUCUUUGUACGAUGCAUCUGUAUCAAUACUAUCAAUAUAAACAUUUUUCGACCCCUAAACAACGCUAAAAAAACCUAUAUUUGUGUUAUCCUCGAUCAUGAUAAAUUCAAGGUGGAAUAUUACACACCUACUGCACAUAUUGCGUGGCUCUAACUAGUCUUUAUAAAUUAAAAUAUCUAUUGAUAAAGAAAAUUGUCAAUAAAAAGAUGUUUAUAUUGUGAUAAAUCUUUCGCCUGUCGAUUCAAUCGAUAUCUACACAUAAUUAUAUUAUAAAAGUAGUUAUGUACUUAGGAUAUCAAUAUAUUUUUUAUCUUCAAGAUGGAAUAUUGCCUUUUAAGCGGUAGGCUGCAGAUGAUUUAUGCGUUUGAUAAUAGGUAAUUGCAGCUUUUACAUUGAUAAGAAAUUCAUAAGUUUAAACUGUGGUUAUGAGCCAUAUCAAGACAAAUCGCAAAUUUUAAUAUGUAGUAAUAAAGUUCAUUCCAUUAUGUUGAAUGCGCAAUCCGCAAAUGUAGAAAAAUAGUGUUUUCUAAAACUUAUUCAAGAUAAUCUUAUUCGAUUUGAAAUUUUUGGGAACAAAACCAUUAUCUGUCCCUUGAUAUAAGAACAACUUACCCAGAGUUUCAUUUAUAGCUACUAGAUUUAGGCUUCGUUGAUUUUUCCUGUAGUUAUGACUUAAAAUUUAAAUGAAUACUAGCUACUAACUAUAAGACUUACUAAAGUAGAAUUUUUAACGGUGUUUAGAUAAUUAGAUUUCACACGAAGAAGUAAUAAAACUGGGAUACAAUUCAGCUUUCAAAAUACGACAUGUAAUCACAAAGUUCUUGUGUAUUCAGGUAACUUUACUGUAAUCAAAAGACCACAUACAACUAUUUAUUAAGGAAUUAUUGUUAAUAGAAAUGAGAAUAAAUUUUUGAAAAUAAGAUUGGAUUUCAAUUAUAG